AUGGCAAAGAAGAAGAAGCAACAAACCGUCCUUAGUGAUGUCAACCCCAUCGUCGACCUUACCUUCGAUGACCCCUUAUUUGCUCUUGCCGCGCAUCCUACCCAACCCCUUCUAUUAUCAGGGUUAGGGACCGGGCAUGUUUAUCUCCACAAAUAUAACGUUAAGAAACUUGAGCAACAAUUACAGAAAAACCUCGAGUUGUCGAAACAAGAGGAUGGCGAAGUGUCGGUGAAAAAGAAGAAACAAGCGUUCUGGAGUGUGUUGAACGCCCAAGAUGAAGCCAUCAACGAUGAGAAAUUGGUGGAAACCAUGUGGAAAACUAAACGUCAUAAACAAGGGUGUCGUACGGUACUUUUUGAUCCAAACGACGAAGGGAAAACGAUUUAUACCAUUGGGAAGGAUAAUAUUAUCAAGAAAGCGUUCACCGAGACCGGGAAAGUUGAUUUCAAGAAAAAUAUCACCGAUGAUUUGAUCACCGAUGACCUGAUGAAGAACGGGGUCAGUUGUGGGAUUUUAUCGACGUCUCAUCCACAUUUGAUCACGGGGGACGAAUUGGGGAACAUCAGAGUGUUUGAUACCAGAAACAAGUUUGCUAAAGUAUUUGAAUUGAAGAAUGUCCACGAAGAUAUGAUCAACCAAAUCAUUGCCAUCCCUAACGCCAGUUCAGUGUACCAUUACAUCAGUGUGGGUAGUACUACUGUGGCGAAAAUUGAUUUGAGGAAAGGGGUGCUUCUUCAAUCGGAAAACCAAGAAGAUGAGGUAGUAUGUGGAGCGUUUCCCAGCAUGAAUUCUAACGAAACUUUACUUUGUGGGAUGGGUCUGGGGGUGGUGACUCAGUGGAAAGAACGGAAAAACGAUUACGCCGAUCAGUUUAGUCGGAUCAAGGUGAGUAAAGAUAAUAGUGUCGAUUGUAUUAUUAGUGGGAUGAAUGAUGAAGAGCCCGAUUGUGUUUGGGCAGGGUGUUCCGAUGGGUUGAUUUACAAAGUCAAUGGGAAACGUAGCGCGGUUGUGGAAACCAGACUUCACGACGAGCUCGACGAGGUUAAUUUAUUGGAUAUCGAUCAUGAAUAUCGGUUGAUUUCUGCAGGGAUGUCGUCAUUAAAGAUUUGGAGUAAUCGGAUGCCUGGGGAAGUUUUGCAAGAAAUAACCGGUGGCGAUAGUGAUAGCAGUGAUAAUGAUGAUAGCAGCGAGGCUAGUAAUGAUGAUUGGGAUGAUAUGAGUGAUUCCGAUGGUGAUCUGGAUGAUAUGAGCGAAGCCGAAGAUGAUGAUGAAGAAGAAGAAGAAGAAGAAGAAGCUCCAGAGACCCAAAAGAAGAGAGUGUCUGAAAAGGACGAUCAGGACAAACCUGAAGCAAAAAAACAAAAAGUCGAAGAGGAAACCGAGAAACCUGAACCAAAGAAAAAGCAAAAGGUCCAACAAGUAAAAUUACCAAAAAAAACAUUGGCGUCGCUCAAAGAAAAACAUGAGAAUGGGAUUAAGAAGUUUGAUGAUCUUUGA